UUUGCCUUUUUCCCACAGUCGUUGCUUCUCCUCCUGUCUUCAUCUUUCUCCUCUUCCUGUCUUUUUCUCCCUUCUUCUCCUCUGUUCUCUGUCAUGUUCUAUUUUUCUCGUUCUCUAUCUUCUGCUUCUUUCUUCUCAUCUUUCUCCUCUUUUUAUUUGCCUUCUUCCUAUCCUUAUUCUUUUCUACACUUCCUCUUCCUGUUGUUUCAUUCUUUCUCCUCUACCUUCUCCAUCAUCUUCCUUCUGUUUUUCAUUUCUUUCUCCUUCUGUUCCUUAUUCUUUCCUUCUCUUCUUUGUUCUUCUCCAUUGCCUCCUUUUUUCUUCAUGUUCUCUUCUUCCUUCUACUACAUUUCUGUCUCUUCCUCCCUUUCCUCCUUGUCCUCAUUCGUUCCUUUCUGUUCUUUCUGUCUUGUCUUUUCUUCUUCUUCUUCUCUGCCUUUUUCUCUACUUUAUUCUUUUCUUCUUAUCCUUCUCCUUUUUCCCUCCUCCACUCUGUUUGUCCUCCCUCAUUCCUUUCUCCUCCUCUGUCACCUUCAUCUUCUUUUUGAUCUCUUCUUCCUUCUGCUCCUCGUUUUUUUCCUCCUAUUCCUCAUUCUUUUUGCCAUUUCUGUCUUUUUCCUCUCUCCUUCCUUCUGUCGUUGUCUCCUUUGUCCUCCUUCACUGUCUUCUUCACCUCUCCUUUUUCUUCUCCUCCUCCUUUCUUCAUUGUCUCCUCCUUCUACUGCUCCCAGUUUUCAUCUCGUCCUCCCUUUACUACUUGUUCCUCGUCCUCCUUCUAUGCUUCCUCAGUCUCUUCCUCUUUUUCUUCUCCUUCUGUCUUCUUGUCUUUCUUUCACCUUAUCUGACUUGGUUUUCUUCGUUCUUCUUCUCUCUUCCGUUUUUCUCAGCACCUUGUGUUUCUUCCUCCCUCAUUCCUUUCACCUCCUCCUUUAUACCCUCAUUCUUUCUCCUCCUUUUAAUUUUUUUCUUUUAUCCUGCUCCUUCCAUCAUCACUUCUCCCUCUUUUUCACCAUUUGCUUCUCUUUAUUGUUCUUCCCUUCUUUUCCCCUUUCCUGUUCUUCUUCCUGUCCUAUUACUUUUCCGUCUCUUCCUCCCUUUACUGUCCUUAAUCCUCCUUCGUCUCUUCUCAUGUCUCUUGGUCAUUCUUUACUUCUCCUCCUUCUCAUGAAAUAAAUACCAAGUACGGUAAGUAUGGACUUGCAGACUUGACAGUGACAUCUUUGAAGUACGAACUCCUGAGGAUGGGAAGAUGAAUCGUGAUCAUUCGACAAUCUGAACAUCAAUGUGCUUGAUGAUGUUGCAUCUCGGUGGUGGACUUGCCUGUAUUUUGUAUUAUGGUAGGGUUGAAUAUUACUUUAAAAAUAUGACCAUAAAACCACCUUGAAGCUGAGGAGAAAGCAGCACAACUAUGAAGGCAGAUCUGGGCAGGAAGAGUCAGGAUGUGGAGGAGAAGAACAGAAGGAGCCCUGUUAGCUUGUCUCUUUAAAAACAUGCAUCUAUCAUAUAAUGUAUAAUUUCUGGCCUGCCAGUGCUGUCAAACAGAAUAUGCAUAUCUCUGAUGCAAAAUGCAAUUUUCUGUGUUGCUGCAUGUUGGCAGCAAGACUCUGUUAACCCCCUCUGAAUAUGUAACUUUGCUGCCAUCCUUUCCAGAUGAUUUCUGAAAUGGAAACUGCCGAUUUAAAAAAAAAAAAAAAAAAAAAAAAAAAAGACCCCGUCAGUCAAAACGUUCUAGGGCACAUGACAACUUAUCCAGGAGUGACUGCAUUAAGAACGUGAAGUAACUGGAAAAUGUCUUUGCUUCACAGCAGCACUUUUUCUGUCUCAGUGGGGAAACUGAUCAGAUCCUUUAUUGCUGGCAGAUUUGGUGUUUUUAGCUGACCUAAAAAAGCAUCUGAAUGCGCUGAACAUGAGACUUCAAGGAUAAGAGCCAGUUGUCUGCACACAUCAAAACCUUUGGAACCAAGCUACAACUUUUCCAAAAACACUUGUCACAAACUGAGCCUGACACUGCACAUUUCUCAGCUCUACAGGAGGUAAUGAACAGUUUUCCACAGGACAAUAUUAAUACAAAAACAAUGAGUUUACCGACUCUCAGCUAUUGAAAAUGAGAUGUUGCUUUUUUCUUCUCCUUUCUCUGUGGACCCUGAUGAUGCUCCUCAUCAACUGGAGCUCAUUGAGCUGUAUGUGAACUGGUUAUCUGUUUUGAAUUUGAUAGUUGACAGAAAACAUUUCAGUGUCCAUACUAAGUCAUGUUUAAAAUGAACCUAUUACGAUAUUUAUAAGCUUCCUGGAGGCUUUUUCUUUAUUUAACUGGGCCCUCCAGAUAUGAGAAGUAUUGAUUUUAGGACCUGUUUAUGUCUGGGCAACUUGCGUUUAUUUGCAUUCCCAUGUGAAUAAAUGAAAAUUGUCAUACAUAAAACUUAUAUAAAACAGUGCAUUUGCAUUUAGGUUUAAUGGUUGAAAGAAUGUGAGACAGGAUGGUUGGCCCUCGGGCAUUAUCACAUUAUCAAAUGUGAUCCAGAUUCAGACUGAGAUAUACAAGAACGACCCAGUAGAGGGAGCAUUUAAAGUCUAUGAAGACUUUGUAUUGUACAAGUCUGGCAAGAACACAUGCAGCAGUAAGAGAUGUAAUGCAAACACGCAUUACACUGAAUAUUGAGUACAGGGUGAACCCUAAUUGCAUAUUCUGCUCAGUGAUACAGUGUGUACAGUGUUGCUUGGGACCUCGUGGUUCCCACUUGUGUUUCUUGCGUCCUCUUCCUGUCUCCAGGUGUGUAUCAACACGUUUCAGGCUCUGCUGUGGGUAGACAUGCCAUCAAGAUCCUGGCUGGGGAGAGGAGGAUGGUGUUUCCUACUGGCUCUGUGUCAACUCCUGGAACACUGACUGGGGUGAUAAUGGAAUGGAGAGAGCCACACAGCCUGUUGGUGGACCUUCAGAUGCCUCAGAUGACGACUCUGGCCAAGAAGGGACAUCUAAAGAUGACGAGAUGAGAGAACCCAGCAGGAAAAUGAAACGACACAAUAAACAUGGUAAAUCUCACACACAGUAUAUACUGUACUACAGAAUCACUUCCAUACAUGUAUGUAAAAAGGUUAUGAGGCUGUCAAAGGUACUAUAGACUGUAGUUACUGUCUCUCUUUCUUUACCUACUGCGAAAUGGAGGUAUCACAAUAUGCCAAGCAUUAACAAAUUUACAAUGUGUAAAGCUACUGCUCUUUGCGCCUUUACAAGCUUCAAAAGGUAUUAUAAUUUAUCCCAAUAAGAUGUAAAGUGCCCUCUGAAAAAAUGAAAGCUUUGAAAACCGACACAUAGACCAUUUUCGUGGUUUGUACAUGACAUAUUUUGUGGUGGAGCCAAACUAGUGGCAGAAAGUGACCAUCCAACCACAGUGGAGUUUGACGUGAGAGCCAAAUACUUAAAAACAUAGGAAUACUGAUUAUCCAUACAGUUUUUGCAGUUGUUUGUAAGGUUUACAUCAAACAGAAGAACAGGUUGUCCGACUCUAAUAAGCUAACUCUGUUAAAUUUAGCUUUCCCAACCUAUAGCCUGAUCCCUGUCUUGGGUUAAGGAUAAAUAGUGACUGACCUUUAUUUAGCUUAACUACUGAAAUUUACUGGCCUUUAUUUGUAAUUCCAGCUUCCUGAGAAGGAGAACUAGUCAUAUUUAAGGGAAUUUAAUCUUUAUCAUGGUCCAACUAGCCUCUGCACUCUGUUCCAGCACUGCUCCAUUUACUCUGGCAUUAAGCCAUUGUCAGAGUUUUGACUUCUAAAAGGUUUUCAGGUUAAGAGCGCCACAGAAAGUAACAAAAUUCAUUUUUCCAAAAUGCAUUUCAUCUUUCCUGUAUGUAUUUCAGCAAAUCACAAUGCAUUUAUUGGUCAUAUAUCUUGAAAAGGACUGAAUAUUCUAAAAUGCUCCUACGUUGCAGCUGAUUUGAAAGGGAGAAACGUGUUUCACUUCUGGUCCUAAUGUGUUUAAGGCACUGGUAGGGUUUUAUUCUGAAAUUUGAAUUGUGGACAAUGCCAUUUGGCUUAAACAGAUUGAUGUUGCUGUUGAUCUUCCUAAAACUAGGUUUUGGCUAGAGUAAAUAUUUAUGUGCUUUAAGUGUUUGACACAAGGAUGUCGGGAAGACAAGCAUUAUAUCUCAUUAUUAAUCUUUUAGUACAUAAAUUAAAAAGGCCUCCUACAUCUGUCUUGUUUUGAUUUGUGACAAGUUAUUGAAAGUGUAGAAAAAAGCAUUGCAUUUAUCCUUCCAAUUUUAAGGGUUCUUUUAAGUCAAACAAUUAAACUAAGUAAAAAAAUAAUUUAGAGCCACUUAAUUAUCUUGUAUGGUAAUUUGUACAAAAAUUUCUUAGUGGCUCUAACAUACAGAAUGAGGCUGAAGCACCAUAAACCUGCAAUCACCCUUUACAAAUUUUGCCAAUAGAUACAAGGGGAUACAAGAUUACAUAGAGAGUGUAUUUCCUUUACAUAUUGCAUGUUGAAGAUUUUGUAGCUACAUAAAAAAUGUAAAGAAAAUGCAUGAAUUGGUUAAACAUUUAACCUCUGCAUUUUCAUAGCAGCUGAAGUGGAUGAUCCCAGGAGGAAACAAAAACAACAAUGGUCACCAACCGAAGUAGCAGCUGUGAUGAGACACUUUAGAAACCAUAUCAAGAAGGGUAAACUAGCAACGAUGAUUGAAUGCCAGCAGUGCAAGACAGCUGAGCAUCCUGCUCUUACUAGUUGAACUGUGCAAAACAUAAGAGACUUUGUAAGAAACCGUGGUGUGUCCCUAAAAAAGAAAAAUAAUGUAUAGUCACCAUGUGUGUAUGUAGCUUGUGGAAAAACAGCUGAGCUGUGAUAGUUUGUUAACAGGUUUCAGUAAGCAUUCAGAUUAUUUGUGGUCACAAGCAAAUGUUACAUUUCAGUUGAUGAUCAGUACUGUAGAAUGAAAGCCAGUAUGUUAAUAGCCACCAUUUAUUUCUAUUGAUGGCACUGUUUUUGUUUUGUUAGGUUGUAACAAAGAAAAAAAUACAAAACUGAAUAAUCAAACUUUUUUCCUCCUUCAUUGUCUCUGCCUGAUAUAGAUUAUUUACUGGCUGUCCAUUACAAUCUGCGCUUUAAAUGGAUGAAAGCCAUUUCAUAUAAAAAGUGUUUUAAAAUGUCCAAAUUGUGCUCACCAAUUAGGUAAGUCUUAAUACUUUAGAUAACUGUUGAGUUAAACUAUUUGUCCUCAUUAACUGGGUGUGCCCCUUAAUUCACAUUGCCUCCAUGUUUGUGUAUGUGUUAAGCUAAGUCCCACUAAGUUGUUUGACCCCUCAAUACACUUCAGUGACGUGUGUAUGUGUGUGUAUCAACUGUCCUUAUAAAUUGAGCCAGUCCUCAUAAUGUAAAUAUUUUUCAUAGGCGUGGUUUAUUCACCUAAUUAAGCAUGUCCUUACAAAGAUGCAAAAUGUCAGGUUGAAAAAUCUAGAAUUGUUUUGUGUGUAUUUUACUUUUGAAGUGAGAUUUGUGUAGUACUGCUCAAAAUAGAUUUUUUGGCAUCACUCACAUCCUUGGGAAACAAGCGGAAAGGGGUGCCAGCCUAAUACACCAAAAAACCUGUUUCGCCCCAACUGUCCUUACAGUUCACAAUAACCUGUAUGUGUGUAGCUAAGUAUUUUCUGAGCAAGACACAAGCAAGUCUCCUAAAACUGUGAGAUGUAAUAGUUAAAAUGCAUUAAGAUGUUCCAAAUGUUGUCUCAGCAGUAGAACUGAAGCUAGGUGUUGAUGAUAAAUAAUAUUCUGACCCCUAAAAGGCAUUAAAGUAUUUAACUGCCAUUCAACCCUACUGCAGUGCAAGUAAUAAGCAGAUUCUCAUUUGUUUGACCCACUGUUAUAUCUACCUUGAACUUCAGUGACUAAAACCAACCACUUGUUUUACAGUAUAAUCUUAAUCUCUGAUGAAGAAGGCACAAACACGCCUCUACUUCCUCAGCAAACUGAGGAUAGCACGAGUCCCACCCCCGUCAUGUGCUCCUUCUACCAGGGCACCAAUUAGAGUGUCCCCACUGACUGCCUCACUGUUUAGGAUGGAGGAUGCACUGCCUCCUGCUGAAAGACCCUGCAACACAUGAUGAAUGCAGCCAGCAAGAUCAUCGGUCUCCAGUCCUCAGACGUUUUCAACACCCGCCUCAUCCGCCGACCCAUCAGCGUUGCCGGUGACACAUCUCACUCUUCACACUCCCUAUUCAGUCUACUGCCUUCAGGAGAAAGGUACCGGAGAAUUCAGACCCACUCCACCAGACUGUUGAACAGCUUCAUCCACCAGGCUGUCAGGAAGCUGAACUCUGCUCACUACCUUCCCCCAUCUGUCCCCUGCCCCUGGACUGUAACAUGUCCAUUUUGCACAUACAGACUCGUAGAUUCACUGUUUGUACAUUAUGUCACAAUCUGCAAUCUGUCUUCACUUACUGAACCAUUGCACUACUGUACAUCGCUGCUACCAUAUUUGCACUACCAUCACCUCAAUAAGCUCUCACUGUUUUGCACUACCACCACUGUACAUAGGUUGAUUGUUAAAUAUUUUAUUUUACUUUAUUAUAUACUAACACAAAGGUAAGACAGAAAUGUAUUUUGGUUCCCCUGUAUGUCCUGGAUAUAUAGAGAAAUUGACAAUAAAAAUCUUCUAUUCUA